GGAGCUGAGAACUAAUUCCUCGUCCUCGGCCACUGCCCCGCCCCAUCCGGCUCCGUGACGGGCAUUCCGCGGCCUCCAAUCGGAGGUCCUGUUGGGAGGAGCUGCAGGGCCAGUUUAUUUUGGCGGUUCAAUUUCAACAUGGCUGAGGUGAGCCGAGAUAGCGAGGCUGCGGAAAGGGGGCCUGAGGGCUCCUCUCCGGAAGCUGUGCCAGGGGACGCGACCAUCCCCAGGGUGAAACUCCUGGACGCCAUAGUAGACACUUUCCUCCAGAAGCUAGUCGCCGACAGGAGCUACGAGAGGUUCACCACCUGCUACAAACACUUCCACCAGUUGAACCCUGAGGUGACGCAGAGGAUCUAUGACAAGUUUGUGGCUCAGUUGCAGACAUCCAUCCGCGAGGAAAUCUCAGAAAUCAAAGAGGAGGGGAACCUAGAAGCUGUCCUGAACUCCCUGGAUAAGAUCAUAGAAGAAGGCAGAGAGCGCGGAGAGCCAGCCUGGCGACCCAGUGGAAUCCCAGAGAAAGACCUGUGUAGUGUCAUGGCACCCUACUUCCUGAAGCAACAGGAUACCCUGUGUCAUCAAGUACGGAAACAGGAAGCCAAGAACCAGGAACUGGCCGACGCUGUCCUGGCCGGGCGCAGGCAGGUGGAGGAGCUGCAGCAGCAGGUUCGGGCCCUCCAGCAAACAUGGCAGCAGAGUCACUCGGCACCUUUGCUGGUACCUGUGAGGUUGGCUCCUCCAUGCCUGUGCUGAAGUCCAGUCUUGGCUCACGUUCCUGUGCAGCUGCGAGGCUCUACACAGAGAGCAGAGGGAGCUGCUGUCAGUGCUGAGGGCGCCUGAGUGAACAGCUGCUGGGCUCAGCCCUCUAGAGCGCCUGUGGAGGCAGUUUCCAGGCAGUAAUGGAGUCCCCACCACCGCUUAGGUUCUGCUGGGGUCACACUGCCUUCAGAUUCCUGCCGCCAUCUUCUGCCUGCAGGAUUGGGACUCCCACCCUGGCAUCAGACACCAGGCUUUGUCUUCUGGAGUUGCAGCCAGCGCUGCCCCAUGCCCUUCUGAUCCUCCCCCUCUCCCACCGCCCUCCCUGGAUAGGAUUUGGGCAGGGUUUCAGUCUCCACUGAUUGCCGCCUUGUUCUCCCUGACUGAUUGCUGCCUUGCUGGCUAGCCCAAGGGCCCUGCCAUGUUCUCCCCACAUCCGUAAAUAAACUUCCUUUCCCACACUGUCA